AUGUCUUCCGGCUACUACUCGUACCCUGCCUACCACGCCGGUGGCUCCGCGCCCAUCAGCAUGCCCCACAAGAGGGGCGAGGCCUACUACCCUCCCCAGCAGACCGGUCACCAUGGCCGUCUGUCUGUCUCUCCCCCUGAGCCUGCUGAUUCCGUGACCACCGGCGGUCCGACUUCGUACGAUCCCACUGCCACGGGAUCCAGCAGCUAUGCCGGCUCUGCCUCUGACUACGAGAUGGGCGGGCGCGACACCGCCGCCAGCGUCGACCUUAUGGACUACAUGGGCGAUCGCCUGAACGGAGCGUUCGAUUCCACGCCUUUGGACCGCAGUCUGGCGAAGCAGGCACAAACAUCGGGAGAGCUCAACGCUAAGACGCGCGAGCUGAUGCAGCUGCAAGCCCUUGCGCGCGAGCGGCUGGCGGCGACGCAGAGGAACUUUGCCGACGGCAUGAAGGCGGCAAAGGAAGUGCAGCGCGACCUUGAGUGGACACAGAAGCGCGUUUCGUCCAUCAACCAGCGCGCUGCCCGCAAAUACCCCGACCAGUACAAGAGGGCGUCGGAGCGCUACCCCGCUCCCGUCGACUACUGA